AUACAUAUAUCGUCUUGCCGGUCCAGUACAAAAUUGCACAUCUAUUUUCCGAUGGUGUGACCGUGCGAAUAGUGUUCUGAUGAAUCAAACUAUAUACGCGGUAUAUAGGAAGAAGAAGGCCGCGUCGAUGCCGACAGAGAGAAACGAGUGCUCGCGUGGUCCACGGCAGCCAAUCGCGUCCUCGGAUUGUGGUCCGACUCGGGCGAGUGGUGGGGGAAACGACCAGCUGGCAGCGCGGAGCGGCGCGGUACCGCCGCUUUCGUGCCGUUCUGCCGUUGUCAUUGCCUAGCUGCGUGAUCCGUCUCGCUCUCGACCGGUGUCCGUAGUGUGUUUUCUGUGUAUCGCGAUAUCGCCCAUCCCUCAUUCCACUCGCCCGCGCUUAUUAAUGCGUUAAUACACGUGGCGUGCGAUAAGGUUCCGUGAUCGCGACGGUCGGAGUUCGUCUGAUGCAAGAGAGAAGGGAAUAAGGAGCGACACCAGAGAAAGAGAGAGAGAGAGAGAGAGGGAGAGAGAUACGCGCCGCUGCAAUCCUUGCCAGUUUCCGCUCCGCGAUGCUCUGUAUAAGCGUGCUCCACCCCGCUCUUCUUAAAUUUGUCGUCUUAAUUUUGUCGUAACGCAUCGUACGAUAUCGCAUCGUUUAUCAGUCUUGCAUUUCGCAGCGUGCAUCUCUCGCGCGAAGAUAUAAGGAGCGGCGAACCGAAGGAGCAUCAUCUCUCUUGGUCUUACGAUCUAUCGUCUCUUUUCUCAGCGUUUUCCUUUCUUCUCUCGGUGAGAGCAUUCGCUAGGUGCGCGUGCACUCGUGAGUACAUCGUCAACGAUCAAGACAAAACUGUCAGAAUGAAUUACGGGGAUAUGUCGAACGUUGAUCCUUCCAGAAAUCUUCGAAGGAUUGCCCGGCACGACGAGCCGGAGUUUAGCAAUGCCAGUAUUUUGAAUAGCAUGGAGAAAUUCGUGCGCACCGUCAGCGAGAUGGAGGAUACCAUCUUGGUGCCCAGCCGUCUGCUGGAUCUAGCGGUGGGCGAUGCAGGUGACACGAUUUGCAUGAAAGGCAAGCGCGGUUACACGGUGAAGGACACUCUGGCCAACACUGAUCUAUAUCGUCUCUACAAUAUCAUCAAUCAAAUGAAGAUCGAGCUACUGUGGUCGCAGGAGCCCACGCGGGGCAUCGAGGCGGAUGAUCAGCUAAUCAAAAGCCAUCCGAUCGGUAGCCCGUCCGCUGAACUAAAUCAUUAUCCAGUGGCUGUGACCGGUACCAGACUGGGUCACGUACGUUGCCCCAGCACUACCUCGAUGCAGAGCGUGCAGAGCGCGUCCUCGAUCGCGUCCACCUCGGAUUCAGAUUCUGAGGUUGGCAUUGAGAUCGAUAGCGGGCUGGAGGGCGAGGAAUGUGCUGAUCUAGCGAGCAUUGCCGCUCAGGACUUUAAGCGUCAUCUGCGCGGUCUUCAUCGUAGCAUUGCCCGUAUGACAGAGGCGGCGGAAUAUUUGACGCUACGAUAUCAGGCCGACGUGGGCGGACAAGUCUGAUUCGCCGUCAUUUGUGCGUCAAUCGUCAUCGCGUCAAUUGGUAUUAUGAGCAGAUACCGUCUCAUCUUCGCAUUAUCGUCGUCAACUUUGUGGAAACUUCCACAGAUUUUGAUUUUAUAGAACCAUGAUUUUAUAGAAAUUGGCGAAGUCUAAAGAAGCCAAUUAUGCAACUCCCCCGAAUUUUUCCCGCCAUUGAGAUAUUGGAAUAUUGAUUCAUUAUUUUAUUAUGUAACUCAUUGCGGGUAAAGUAUGCUGGUCAUGUGCUGAGAUGGAAAUAAGUUAUAUGUUCCAAUAAUGUAAAUUAAGACAAUAAAUCUUCACUCAUUAUGUAGAAUUGAGCGCAAAUAAGUUAUCAUUUUCCAAACAAAAUUGAUACCACGAGAUAAGAUAUUUAUCAUUCUUAUGGCGUUGUGAAGAGACAACGUUUAGUUCUGUUCUGCUUUUAAUAACGAUUUUCACGCGACAGAGAAACCAAUUGAAUAAAAUUAGAAUAACAUAAAGAUCUCAGGCGAAUAUAAUUAUGUAUAGCUAUAUAAGCCAUUCUUUCUUUAUUCUGCCGCACAUGGAGCAUACUGCAAUUUUAAACACAGGGUUAGAUGUAUACUAGAAGGUAUACAUUAGAAAAGGUAACAAAAGUGAAUAUAAAACAAAAAUAUCACAUAUAAAACACUAAAAAAGACGCGCAAUUAUUUAAUUUAAAUUAAAAUCACACUUACUCUGCAUCACAUUUUAAAUUGCAUUUUUUCGUAGAAUUUUCUUUCGGUGGAGCAUAGAUAUUGAGAAUAAUUUUAUAUUUUAUGCUUUCCUUUUUUUUGUAUUAAAAAAAGUAAUAUUAAUUUAACUCGAUUGAUUUAUUUCUUUUACAAAAUAAAAAAAUAGUUUAUAAAAAAUAUAUCAAUUUUCUAUUGAAUGAAAACAAUUAAUAUCAUACAAAAUAGCUAGAAUAUGUUAUAUUAAUUAAUAGCACAUUCUACACAUUACAAAUUUAAAAGAUAAUUUCUAAAAUUGAUAUUGAUAAAAUUGAUUAUUGCUUUAAUGGACAAUUUAAUGUUAUAUGUUUAUCAUAAUUUUCUAUUGAUUUGGAAAUUAGUGUACACAAACAAGCAUUAAAUAAGCUUUAAGGAUAUCUUGAUACGCAAUCGAAGAUAUAUAAAAUAUAAAAAUAUCGUUAUAAAUUUGGACACUUUUAAGAGCUACUUGUAAAUUGCCAAAAACGUUGAAACACCAAAAGGUGAUAUAUAUCAUUAUUAGGUGUUAUUCUAUGGAAAAAAGACCCGAAAUUUAUUGUAAUAUAAGUCAUGAUCAAUGGUCUAUACGCGAAUUACCGAAUUACCUCUCAAUUACUGUAAAUACUACUUCGAAAGAGAACAAAUGCAUUUUGAAAAUUGCAGCUAAGAUUGUACAAACUAUGAAUCUUAUAAUCUGCACGUAAUUGGAAGUUGUUAUAUCAGAGACAUCAGAUAUUCCUUUUUCCUUACCGUCUUUUGUUUAGAUUUUCUUUCUUUUUCUUUUCUGAGUGAAUUGUCGAUAUUAUUGAAUUGUCUGAUAUCGCGGCGAUCGACAUUAACUUGUAAAUAUAUACGUAGUGAAAUAUAAUUAUUUAUUUAUACGAUUGUAAAGUUAAUAAAACUGUUUAAUUUAAGUUGCAAAUUGUGAAGGUAACUAAAUAAUUAAAUAUUCGAUAAGAGUUGUAAGAAAAAUACUGAGAUCGACACAUGUUUCGAAGCCGAAAAAAUUCGGGCUCUUGGAAACACAUAAUUUUAAAAUAUAUAUAGAGCCGGUAUAUAAGUGCUUUCUUAACGCGUCGAUAUCCAAAUAUAAUUUUCAUCUGUACAAUUUUAGAUUGUGUGUGUGUGUGUGUGUGUAUAUAAUCGGAUUUAUAUACAUAAUAUCUGUAAAACUAAAAGUUUCUUAAUGAAUAUCAUAGGAAACGGCAAAGAAAAAAUGAAAAAAUGUAGCAGAAAAAUAUUAUAAUAAUAUUCAUUUUUCUAUGAAAGAAAAAUUAUUUGUCGAACUCUAUUACACAAUGGCACAUACACACAUAAUAUAUAAUUCUGAAUAAAUUAUAUAAUUCUUAAGGUACAUUUUUCUAUGUUUUGAUAUUACUAUAUUUUAUUUCACAUUCUUGAUUUAUAUUGAAAAUCUCUACUUAAACUAAAAUGGCGCAAGGAGUAUCACUUUUAUUUGUUCUUUUUGUAUAUAUUUUAUGUACAUAUACAUAAGAAUAUGUAGAAAAGGAUAUAAAUUAUAGUUAUAAUAGGUACGGUGCCAUAUCUAAAAUUUACAUUUUGUUGCAUUUGUAAUCCGUGCAACAUUAUGGAAAUCUUAAACGUCCAAUAGAAAUAAUCUUGGCUAGAUGAUUAACUUGAACCAGUGCACAUUGCGCCAUACAUGAUUUAAAAUUUUCCGAGUCAAUGAAUUGCUUUGUCGAAUAAAAGAGAACCAUUUCAAGACAAGCUUUUGAAAUUGAAAUUGAAAUUUUUCAUGAUUGUGCAAUUGACUAGCUGCACAUAAGUGAUUUAUUUAUUAUGAUUUUAUAUUCAUUCCAUGUAUUGCGAUUUGUAUACUUUUAAGAUACUGUACCUAGAUCAAGGAUUCUCAAACAAUCAUACAUAUCGUUAUUAUAUAUAUGCUAUUUAAGUAAGCCUAUAUGCUUAUAUUAAAGAAAUUAAAGAAUAAAAAAACGAUCCUAUGUAGAAUCUUCUUUUGCAUUUAAUAGCAAGAGAGUAAUAUAUUGAAUAUGUAUUAACUUGCAUAAAAUAUUAAUGCUUGAGAAUCCUUGAACUUGUGUAAAUUAUGAUUACUGAUGUGAUCGCAAUAUCAAUACGUGUGUCGUAAUAAUGUAAUCAUUAGAAUACAAAUGCUAUAUUGUGGUAAUGAUCCACUUGCAUGACGUAAUUAUUAUUAAAAAAUUGGCAACAUUAAUUAAAUAUUUCUAAAUAAAGAAUAGUUGAUACUUGGUAAAAUUACAUAAAAAUAAUGUACAUGAAUUCGGAAUAUAAUCAAAUUGAUUUUUACUAUUGUACCGCUUUGCAAAAUAAAGUGUAGUUACUACUACUCACUUACUACUCAUUGAUCCUAAGCAAUGCAUGUAGAAAACCACUUUUUGAUUUAUUUAAUAUUAUUGCGGAAUUUUAUUUUUUUUUUUUUUGUAAUUUCACUUAUAUUAUAAGACAUAAUAUGUAAUAUUCUAAAAGAAAUUUUUUACAUUAUUAAAUUUAUUUAAUAUGAAUGGAUAAUUUUUAUAGGAGAAUCAAAUCUGCUUAUUUUGAAAUCGUUGAGAUCGAUUUUUCUCAUCUAUUCUAGAUCUUCAAUUUCCAUUCAUGAAAGUUGGAAAAGAUAAAAUAUGUGUGUAAAUUCGCAUAGUCACGUACUAAACACAGGAAAGAAUAGGAGAGAAAAAGAAGAAAAAUUCAGUUUACAGAGGGAGAGCUUCUAUUCCAGAAUAGAGAGAUUCGAUUAUAUUAAAAAUAUCACAUAUACAUAUAUAUUUCGCGCUUUCUUCAUGCACUGAUGAAACGAUUAGAAAAAUUGAUCAAAUAAGGUAUAAUUUUAUCAAAUAACGUUUAAUUAUUUUUACUUAUAUUAAAAUAUAUACAUUUAUCAUUUAAAUAUCUUCUACUUUUAUUCAAUGUUCAUAUUUGUAUUAGAAUUAGAUGGUACGAAAUAUACCUUAACUUUAUAUUAUUAUAGGUAUAAUAAUGUUGCUAGAAAUGCUCAAUUUUAAUGAAACAUACAUUAUAAUCUAAAUAGAGAAUACAGACUCUGAGAUAUAUAGUAUUAAACACCCCGGUUGUGUGUAAUUUGAAUCUUCGAGAUACUUGCAAAACAUAUGCGCACUUAUAUAAUCUUAUAUCUAUAAAAAAAUAAAUUAAUUAUUUCCACGUCA